UGAACCCUUUAUUAAACCUGUAUGGUCUGUACUCUGUUAAAAUAAUCGGUGUUUUGGGCUGACUGUAAGACUAAAUAAGUAAAUAGCUAAAUAUUAUAGUGAGUCGAUUAAGAUUGAUUGAUCAAUUAAUCGUUUAAUAGCUUAAAGGGUAUCGAUAAACCGAAAUGUAGAAAAUACUGAGAAGAUGGCUUUUUGUUAACACAAUAUACAUAAGUUAUCGCGAAGACAACACCAACAAAGAUCUAUUCAAAAUCUGUUUUAUCAUAAUGACAAGUGUAGAAAACUUUAAAUGUAUUUUCUGCAGUGCAGGAUUUAAUGACAAGGAAUUACUACAGGAACAUUUCAGAAAACAUGGUGAUCCAGAGUUUAACAAAUCGAAAUUUCAAAAUGAAGUCCCCACAUCUACCGAAAAAUCUGAAGAAAGUGAGCUUGUUGGUUGUGAUGUGUGUGAAGAGCUUUUUCCAACAAUAUCAAAGGCAAUCACACACAAACAUAAAAUGCACCCAGACCAUGAUGCUAAAUAUUUUUGUCCAUGGUGUGGAAAGCUUUUUACUAUGAAGCAUUUAUACAAUAAACACAUAAAGACCAGCCACAAUGGUCAAACAAAUUGUGAAGUGAAAGACUAUCAUUGUGACAGGUGUAGUGUUUAUUUUUUUGUACCAUCUGCUAUGCUACAUCACAACAAAUUCUUUCAUAGACAAGACAUUGAAAUGAACACUCUAGGCUCGUCUAAAAAAGUCAAAUUGUUUAAUCAGGAGUUGGUGUCAAUCCUGUACUGUCCAUUCUGUGGAGAUGAGUACAAUAAUAAAGUAAAUUUAGAUAAACAUAUGGAAGAUGAUCAUGCAGAUGAAAAUCAAUCACCUGAAGAUAUCCUGCGGUGCCCAGUUUGUGAAGCAAUACUUUAUCAUUUAGAUGCAUAUGAGUUGCAUUUGACUUUUCAUUCAACUGAAGAUGUCUAUAGCGAACCAAAUGAAAUGGUAGCUGAGAUAACUGAAUUUUCUCUGGAAGCUGUUCCACCUCUUAAGGAAAAAGUAGAAGAUGUCAAUGACUCUGUUGAUAAUUUACUUCAAAUGUUUAUGGAUGAAUCAGGUGAACCUAAAGUUAAAUCUAAGAAACACAAAAAGCAUAAAAAGUCAAAGAAGGAAACAAUUACUUUAGAUGAGUUCUUAAAUAUGAAUAAAGAUGUUUUUGGUGAUGGAUUGAAUGUUCAAGGUAUUGAAGAAGUUCCUACCCAAAUGGUUUUAAAAAGAAAAUAUAAAACUAAGAAUCCUGCAAUCAAUGUUACAAAUAAAGUAAAGAAAGACUUAGCUAAACUAAAAAAGCAUGGAAUCAUCAUUAAAUCAAACUCAAAUAAUGUAGUUCCUAAUACUUCUUCUGCAAUUCUUAAUAAAACAAAUACUAUAAGCGCUAAUGAAAAGGCUCAAACCUCUAAAGAUGCAAAUGAAGUUAUUUCAAAAUUAAUGGGCCAAGGAAAUAGUCAAAUCAAAAUAGUAAAAACUUCUGUUAACAAACAAGACAGUUAUCAAUCUAGUAAAAUAGAUUCAUCUUCAGAUUAUGACAAUACUAUAAUGACAUCUGCAGAUGAUUAUAAAGAAGCAGUAACGAAUCCAGAAACCGAAGAUGGUAAAAAUAGUAUGGUAGCAUAUAUAAAUAAGCAUUUAAGCCCAGAUGAUGAAACUAAAGAUGAAAAGGAACCAGAAAAAAUUGUAGAAAUAACUGAAGCAACCUCUAAAACGCCUAAUUUUCAACCAAUGGACGAAGAGUACGAUUCUCUCCCUAAAACACCAGAGCAAAAUUUACCUUCAAAAUCUUUUCAAAAUUUUGGCCAUGAAGUAACCAUAAAGUCUUCAUCACAAAUAAGUUUUAAAAAUAAAAACGAUUGUAUUGACGUAAAAAAAGAAAAACCAGAAGAUAAUGAGGAAGAGACAAUUGAAGACAACCCUGAAGAUGAUAUUGACGAAGAGCCAAUUGAAUCUGAUAGUAGUAUAAAAACAAAUACAUUGCAAUCUCUUAAUUUAAACAAGGGUAUAACUAUUAAACCUGUUUUAAGAAACAAAAUUUUGCCUCCAUCAACUGAAUUUAGCGAUCCAGAAAAUGAAAAUCCGAAAGAUAAAACUAUCAUCGAAAAACCUAUAAUUUCUUUGAAAGGACUGAGCCAACAGCCAACAAUUAAAUCUUUCAGCAGUUCAUCCCCAUCAUCAAAUAAUCAUCAUAUGUCAGAUGAAGAAGAAAAUAAAGAUGAUGAUACCGCUGAAGAUGAUAUACAACCCAACAGUGACACCCAAGUUUUAAUAAAAAGUGAAAUGCCACAGAAACAAGAAAGUGUUAUUCAAAGUAAUGCAGACAUCUUAAAAAGGCUGACAAAUGUCACUGCAAAACCAGUAUCCUCUAAAACUGCAACUAAUGUACCUUCACGAACAGAUAUUUCUAAAAGGCCAAAAAAUGUAAUUAAACGUACAAUGGAAAAUGAUGUCGAAGUAUUACACAUAGAUGACUCAGAUAGUGAUGCAGAUAUUGAUCAUCCAACGAAGUGGAAACAAAAUGUUACGAAUAUUACAAAUCGUCUUAGCAAUAAACCAACGGUGACGAAAAUAUCACCACCUGCAGCAUUGCGUGGUUUAAACAAAAAUGUUACAAUUAAAUCAAUGAGUCAACAAAGCACUAAAUGUACUGAAGUACUAACAAAAGAUGGCCCGAAAGAGUGUAAAAAAAUGAGUGUCACCCGUACUUUUGAAUCAAAGAACACUAAUAUCACAAAUAAUAGUAAUAAAUUGACAGAAGAGCAAAAAAAUCUACAGAAGGCAAUAAAUAAUUUAAAACAUGUCACUAUCAAACCCAAAAACUCAUUUAACGCAAAUUACAAAGAUGAACCUUCACAUGAUGAAGACGACGAAGAUCAUGACUAUAAUAGUGAUCAACUCGAAGACAAAGAAUACAAUUCCGAUACAAGUACUGGAAAAGUACAGAUAACUGAAAUGAAUGACGCCGAAGCAAGCGAAAAUGAAGAUCCGGAAAACGGUUAUGAAAGUAACGUAAAAGUUGAAUCACCCCCACAGUCCCCUCACAGCUCGGUAAAAAAUAUUGAUGACAAUUUAGAUGAUUUUGACAUAGAGGAUCAAAUUAAAGCCAAUCCAAUAAAAAAAAUUAUACAACCCAAAGAAUCGCCUCAACAACAAAAACCCAAUAAUUUUCCUAGUCUUAAUAAAGAAAUUACAAUAAAACCAGCCAGGAACAUGCAAGAUGUAGAAGACGAAGUGCAUUCUCAAGGUGUCGAAACUAUCGACUCUCCAAAAAACGUACAAACUCCUAAAGCUAAACCAGUAAUUCAAAGACAACAGGUAAAUAGAAACUCAGUACAAAAUCAAAAAACUGCAACAUCUUCAAAUGAAGUGAAUACAGUUAAAACUGUAAAAACAUAUCAGUCACAAAUGGUUAUAGAAGAGGUGACAACGACAGUCACAAAAACUAUACGGACUGUUAAUACACAAGAAGUAAAGAAUGCUAGUCAAAUAGUUUCUAGGUCAAUAAAGCCUCAAACAAUACAUCAACCCAGAAAUCCUAAUCAGGCCACAGCCAGUAGACAAGCGUCAUUUGUUGGAGCUAAGGUUAGAAAUUAUGGACCUCAAGUUCGGCCUGUCGUGGCCAAUUCCUCCAUCGCGUUAGUUCCCACACGACCACGAUUCGCAAAACCCCAAAUGCCUAGUCCAUCAACUAUAAGAAAACCAGCGCAAAUUGUACAAAGUAGGCCUCGAGCAAUUACCUGUAACAAACCACUACGAUCAGCGUCACCAGCGACAAAAAGAAGUUCCGAUGAAGUUGGCCACUUCAGUUGCUUUAAAAAGGCUAAAGAAUCACUGUUUCCUGUUGAAGGAGUUACAAGCACGAAAGAUGAAGAUAGCGUACAAUAUUCUAGUAUGAAAAGCAAGUCCACUUUUUCCAAUGUCACUCAAGUUCAAAAAGGUUCCCAAUUGAGAUCUGAAACAAGUACGAGUUCUCAACAAAGUAUAUCUAAAUUAAGUGGCGUGUCUGGAUUAAAAAUUGUGAAAACUAGCAGCAAGCAAGCAACUCAGAUCGAGGAAAAGUGCGAAUUGCCUGCUCCCAAGAAUAGUACAAUGGCUGCUUUAGAGAAACUGCAAAAACAGGGCUUACUAAUAAAGAAGCCCCGACUGGACAUGGAAAGUGAAACUCACUCUCAUAGCGAAAACGAAGAAAAUGACGACGGUGGUGAAUACUGAUCGUGAUAAUAAUUUUGUUGUAAGACUGGUAUAUACAUUUAAAAAAUAUUUUUAAGUUUGUCUUUGUGGCUGCGUGCAGUUUAAGGUUCGUGUUGUGGGUCUCCCUGAAAUAUGUGCGAUGGGGACGAUUCAUCGUGCUUGUGAACGUGUGCUAUUUGUAUUGAUAUCGUGUGUGGUAUGAUUUAUAAUUUCAGUCACUUUACACGUUUAAACAUUGAUCGACAACGUGUUUGUUUUUAUUCUCACUAUAAUGUAUCUUUUUGCCUGCUGAUGCUUAUGACUUUCUUUCAAUAUCCAGUGCAAUUUCCUUGUACAAUAAAACAUGGCAAUAAAUGGAGGCGAAGGGUUUAUUGCCAGUUCUUUUCGCCCGCUCUACGCCGUUGAUUUGGUAACUGGUGGUGUAUAAAUUCAGAUCUUCCUUUUUUCAAAACAUUAACAUUCAUAAGUGUAAAUAGUCAAUAAUAUGAUAACAUAAAUUUUUGUUUUGAUUGCUGUAAAUAACUGUACAUAAAAGUUUCAUGCUUUAGAUCCUAGAAACAUAUUUGAUAAUAUGAUUUAUAUAAGCUUUUUAUUUU